ACCGCUCUCCAAGUAGACAAAUUAUACAAAAAUCAAAUAAUUUUCACAUAAAUUUCUGACAGGAUGAAUCGCAUUCUGGAGGAUGUUAUCCGUAAGAACGCUGACACCAUCGAGCGCAUCACGGGCGAGAACACAAUGGGCUACGUGGUGGCAGACAACACGACCAAUUCCGUGGCCGAGACCUCGUUCGACAACACCGGGGCCCAGGCGAUCGUGAAGCACUUGCACGGGGUACUCGUCAGCUCGUGCCAGAGUGUCGUCCGGGACCUGGAUCCCACCAACAAGCUGUGCUUCCUGCGUGUCGCCACGCGCAAGUUCGAGUAUCUGGUGGCCCCCGAGGAGGACUUCACCAUAACCGUGCUGCAGUAGCCAGCUGGAUUGGGAUCGACUGGAGGCGGCGUUUGUUCUAUUAUCAACUGUUCUGUGUGUGUGGUUCCCUCUACAUUAUAAUACAAGGAGUUCUUCAGUUGUUUAUGGGGCAACGAUGAGCUGAAACUGAACCCUUUCAAUUGCUAA